GGCGAUAAGGACUUCUACGAAUCGUUUAUUAUCGUACAGGAAACGCAGUUGGAAAAGAAUUCUCUACGUUUGCAAGAAACACCACGAUGUGCAACCGCUGGCAUACCACAAAUCUAGGUGAAAGCGUAACGACGCGGCUCUGUCGAGAUUAACCACUCCGGCCUUGUCAAACUGCAGUAACGGACGAUGACCGUCAUCGCCACCGUUGGACGGAUCCCAAAUAUCACAAACCACAUUCUAAGAAAUAACUGCCACCACUGUCGUAUUGUCACAGUUUUCAAUUAAAACCUCUGACAGUGUGCCGGCGAAAGCAAACGCAUCACCGCCUUCAGGUUCGCUUACAAAUCACGCAGAAUGACGGCAAGAUUACGACCGGCGGCAUCCAGCUGUCGGAUUAACAUCUACUCCACCACGCUGAUCCUACUGGUCUUUCUGCGGCAAGUUUACUCCUUCUGUCCGUCGCUAUGCACGUGCGAAGUGCACCCGAAGGCACGCACGUGGUGCAUUGGAGCCGGUUUGGACGUGGUCCCGAUUCAGCUCAAUCCGGAUGUGCGUUACAUCAAUCUGACGUCCAACCGAAUUACCAAUGUUCACUUUACUCUGAGCUUCUAUCACAAAUUGGAGGUGCUGGACAUCUCGUUCAAUAAGAUUGAGGGUCUAGGGUCGAAGAACUUUGACGCACAACAGAACCUCAGAAUGCUGAACAUGAGCGAUAACGCCAUUGUAGAUAUCCCGAAAGACGCAUUCAAAGGUUUAGAGAGAUUGCAGAUAUUGAAACUGUGCAACAAUAGAAUAGAAACCAUCCACGCAUCAGCUUUCCACGAGCUCCGUAAUCUACUGGAGCUGGAUUUCUCGAACAAUGCCAUUAUCUCACUCGAUCACGGAACCCUGCGGCAUCUCUACUCUCUGGAGUUUUUAUCAUUUCAAAACAAUCAAGUGCUCGAAGUUCCCUACGAGCAUAACCUCGAGCAUUUAUCACGACUGCAGUCCCUCGACCUAUCAGUCAACCUGAUAGAGUUCAUUGCCAACGACAGUUUCAUCAGCUUGCGGGAGCUACGAAUGCUCAAACUGGGUGGAAAUGUCCUCACCGAACUGGAUUACGGUGCAUUCCAUGGCUUGAAUGCCUUACGAGCUUUGGACCUAUCGGACAAUAAUUUUACAAUCGUGCCAACACUACAAUUAUCAAAGUUGUGUAAUCUGACAUAUUUAUCGCUGAGUGGCAACAAUUUCGACACGUUGCCCGCAGUGGCGUUCCUGAAUCUGUUCCAGUUGCGCCAACUGCACCUGGACCGGCUGGACCGUCUGGAGCGGAUAGAUGUUCGCGCCCUGGUGGACAACACUAAUCUGCAAACGGUGACACUGGACGAUAAUCCAUCAUUCAGCAGUCUGCCACUGCGGCUGUGGCACGGCAACCCUCACCUGGUGGAGAUUUCCAUGCGCCGCAACGCGCUCGUCCGCCUCGAUGCGGUCCAAUUCCCGCUGGAUCGACUUCACCGGUUGCGGCUUGCCGGCAACCCACUCGUGUGCAACUGCUCGCUGCUCUGGCUGUGGCGGCUGGCAGCCGAAGGCGAUCCAGAUGAUGAAUUUCUGCUUACUUCCGCGGCUCUCACCAGUGCCGGAUUCGCCAGUGGCAGCAGCGACGAGGAAUCAUCGCCACACCCAUUGGUCAUCGAUAGGGACGAGCUGGGCUGUGACCUGUACGAAGACGGGCGGAAGAUCCGUCGGACGCUGAGAACGAUGACCGAAUCGGACUUGAACUGUCCGACCCACGUGCUAACUGUGAUCAGUGCGGUGUUUAGUAUAGUGCUGGUUUUGGCGACGGCCGGCAGCGUUCUAUACUUUUUCCGCCUGUCGAAGCGACGGAAAAAGCUGCUGCCGGAGCAUAAGAAUGCGAACGAUUUGAUUGUGCCACAAAAAGUAGAUAAGUUAGAAUUAGAGCGGUAUCUGGCGCAGGCAAGUGCCGCCAGUGAAUAUCGGCCACUGCGGGGUGGUCCCUGGGAGGUUACACCGAUGCUGCGGGACGUGGACCAGUACCACCAGUACGGGAAUCCGAUUCACGAGCCGGAUCACUACGAGAGCUUUGAUUACUACGAUUAUCAGGGCCAUCAGAAACCGGCGAAGCAGCCCUCGUACCACCAAAAACCGCAGCAGCAGCAGCAACAGCCAAAGCGCACCCUUACGAGGCCGCACAUUGUGUACGUAUGACUCUAGACCGGCCGCAGGAUUCGUAGCAGUAGUGGCGGCAGUGGUAGCAGUAGGAAACAUGUAAACAGAAAUAGCUUGCGACCGUUGCUCGUUGAUAGCGCCGUUUGAAUUGAUAGGUUGAUUAAGAUACUUUCCUCUGGAAGACGAUGGUGCGCGAUAGGCCAUUUUAAAGCAUGUACUAUAGAAGUUUUGAUUUUAUACAAAUCAUAUUAUGAAGCAUUUUUUUAAACCGGUAUAUCUAACAAAUAUUGAAAUCGUACCAUUAAGCUUCCGUUCCUCGAUUUUUCGAAUGAGAAUUAAAGAUGAUUUCCGAUAAAACAUUUUUAAACAUUUUCGGUUCAUUUGAUCAUUUUAGGUUUUCGUAUUUACGACAUGAUGGAUAAUGAAUAUCAAAAUUAUUUCUUUUUUUUGUCUUUAUUAACGAGACUUUUAGCCCAAGGCUGGCUCGUCU